UUUAUAUUUUGAGUAAUUCUAGCUCCUAAGUUCACCUAGACUCCGUCCUUAAUCCUAACAAGUGGCAUCAGAGCUGUAUUAAGGACGUUGAGAGGAGUCUACAGAAGUGUGAAGACCCUUCUAGACCCACCAUGGCCUGUGGGUGUGCCUAAGUGGUGUUCUAAAGCAUUGGGGGUUAUGUGUGCUUGCUAGGAGGUGGUGCUGUGAGCUGGCGCAGCAAGAAGCAGAAUGAGGUGGGAUUGUCCUCAUGUGAGACUGAGUACAUGGCCUUACACCAUGGGGCCAAGGAAGUAGUGUGGCUAAGGCGUUUGUUGGAGGAGUUGGGAGUUGGUCAGGAGGAGCCGACAGUUGUGUUUUGUGACAAUGAGUCCGCUGUGAAGCUCGCCAAGAAUGCUUGUCUGCAUGGGCUGACAAAACACAUAAGGCCUAAGUGGCAUUGGGUGAGGAGACUCCUUGAUAAGGAGGUGCGGCUGGAGAUAGUGAAGACCCAUCAGCAGGCAGCAGAUAUUUUCACCAAGCGUCUGGCGGAGGCGGAUCAUUGGAAGGGCAUGAAGCUUGCUGGGAUGAAUUCUUGAACUUUGAUUGAACCUUUGAGAUUGAGUU